GCAUAUAUUUAUAUAUUUAUCUUUGACGAAUAUAUUAGCCUUUGCUUUUGUAUCAAGGUAGCGACGCCAUUAGCAAUAUUCUCCUCGACACAUUCUGUACUGGCAUCGCAAUAUGAGCCCAGGCACCCAACACCUGCGCUACCUUUACUGGCGCUUCAUCGUCCUCGGCAUCGCCACACUGAUGGCCUGGAAUGUUUACAUAGUCUCGUCAGACUACUUCCGAUACGUGUUUCGCAACACGCCUUUCCGGGACAACUUUGAGAGCAUAUUCUCCGUGCUGUCCAACUCAUGCAAUCUCGCGACGCUCAGCUACGCCCUGUACACGCAGCCCAAGGCGAACCACGACCGCAGGAUCAAAAACGGCAUAUGGAUCACAGUGUGUGCCUUUGUCCUUAUAUCCAUGCUCCCGGCUGCUGGCGCCGAAGGCUGGGUGGCUGUGACCGUGUCCCUUGUAGCACUGGUGGCAGCAGCUGUGGCCGCCGCGUAUAUCCAAUGUUCUGUGUAUGGCAUCGUUGCGAUGUUGCCGUCCAGCUGUGCAGAGGGAUUUAUGAGCGGCCAGGCUAUUGCUGGCACAAUUGCGAGUGCCGCGCAGUUGGUGAGUGUAUAUUGGAGCAAGGAUUCCGUGAAAGGGGGUGAUGACAAGCCACUAGUUGAUUAUGCUGCUGCUUCUGCUUUGGCUGAUGAUAUUGGCGAUGUUCAGUUACGGAUACGAACGGCGGUCUAUUUCUAUCUAUCAGCAGUGUUCCUGGCUUUGUCGAUGAUCGUCUGGAAGCAGCUCAACAAUUAUCUUGCCAUGCCGCGGAUGUCGCCCAGUGGCGCAUACGAGGCCCUGCAGCUGCCGCUGAUAAGCCAUACCAACGAUAUUGAAGACGAUGGACAACAUGCGCCCGCGCUUGUUGACGGUCCGCCACUGCCCGCCUGGAUAUCAAGGCUGGGGCUGACUAAUGCACACCAUCUGUACAUAACGUAUUCCGAGAUCUCGCCGUACGUUCAUAUCAGCAUCAUCACUAUGGCACAGACCCUCGCUGUGUUUCCGCCACUGACCGAGGCCAUCGUUAGCUCGCCCAAUAGCCUCCCGCAGAUUGCUCAUCUCAAUGCCUGGCACUUUUUGCUCUUUAAUAUUGGCGAUUACCUCGGUCGGCUGUGCACCCAGUGGGUCACUUGCUCGAGACCAAAGGUGCUGCACUGGGUAAAUGGGCUGCGCACAUUGUUCAUACCUGUUUUCCUGCUGUUUCCGACUGUGGCUACUUUGCCGGGGAGUUUGACGAUCCACUCAGAUCUGCUAUUCCUUUUGCUGGUACUGGCAAUGGGCUGGACAAACGGGUGGGUGGCUACAUCAGCACUUAUCCUGGGUCCUUGUCAGGCUUCCGACAAGGGGCUGGCUGGGUCGAUCCUUGGAUUCGCCCUAUGUGUCGGCCUGGUUAUCGGAGCAGUGGCGUCGUACCCAAUUCUGCUUCUUGCUGGAAUCUCCUAAACUAUUUAUAUUUUUUGGCGUAUAAAUUAAAAGAACAGUGUAUUUAUGGUGGUGGAAAUAAGAUAAUAAAAAGGAAGAAAAAUAGAGGCAAGCGCGCAUGUGCCUUUUGACAUUUACUUGCCGUUGAAGAAGUCAAUGAGCCGGCUGACAAUACUCUUUCGUGCAGGCUUCUCUUCGGCUGGCUGU